AUGAGAGAGCGCUUUGCCUACCUCGCGACCCUCGCUCGUCGCCCUUGCUUUCUCCGUCCACUGCCCUCAUCCCGCCCGUCGCCCUCGCCGCCUCGCCGCCCGUCGAGGUCGGUUCCCUCGCCCGUCGCUCUCGCUUCCCCCGCCCGUCGCUCUCGCUUCCCCCGCCUACUACCCUCGCCUCGCCUGUCGCCCUCGCCGCUUCCCCGCCCGUCGCCCUCGCUUCCGCCCGUCACCGCCCGUCACCCUCCCUUCCGCCCGUCACCCUCCCUUCCACCCGUCGCCCUCCUUUCCGCCCGCCGCCCUUCCUUCCCCUCGUCGCGCUUCCUUCCGCCCAUCGCCCUCCCUUCGUCUCGUCGCCCUCCCUUCGUCUCGUCGCCCUCCCUUCGUCUCGUCGCCCUCCCUUCCUCCCGCUGCCUUCCCGUCCGCCUGCCGCCCUUCUUUUCCCUCGUCGCGCUCCCUUCCCCCCGUUGCCCCCCUUCGUCUCGUCGCCUCUCUGUCGCUCGUCGCCCUCCUUCCCGCUCGUCCCCUCGCAAUCCCCGUCUCUCUCUCCCCCCGUCGCCCUCUCUUUCCCCGUCGCCCUCCCAUCCACUCCUCGUUGUCCUUGCCAUCCCUUCCUUCUCCCUUCUCAUCUCGCACACUUCUCUCUCCCCGGCAUCUCCCUCGCUCCCCACGUCCUCUUCCCUGCUUCCCCCCAUCCCCUUCCGUGCUUCCCCCCAUCCCCUUCCGUGCUUCCCCCCAUCCCCUUCCGUGCUUCCCCCCAUCCCCUUCCGUGCUUCCCCCCAUCCCCUUCCGUGCUUCCCCCCAUCCCCUUCCGUGCUUCCCCCAAUCCCCUUCCGUGCUUCCCCCCAUCCCCUUCCGUGCUUCCCCCCAUCCCCUUCCGUGCUUCCCCUCAUCCCCUUCUGUGCUUCCCCCCAUCCCCUUCCGUGCUUCCCCCCAUCCCCUUCCGUGCUUCCCCCCAUCCCCUUCCGUGCUUCCCCCCGUCCCCUUCCGUGCUUCCCCCCAUCCCCUUCCCUGCUUCCCCCCAUCCCCUUCCCUGCUUCCCCCCAUCCCCUUCCCUGCUUCCCCCCAUCCCCUUCCCUGCUUCCCCCCAUCCCCUUCCCUGCUUCCUCCAUCCUCUCGCACUCUCACUCUCCUUCCCCCACCCUCUGCCCUGUUCCCUCCUAG